CAGGAUGUUCCCAGGGGUGUCUUGUGCCAGGACUGGGGUGUCCUCAGAAAUGUUACAUCCCAUCCAGGAUGGGGCUGUCCCCAAGGGUGUCCCAUCCCAGCACCAGGGCUGUCCUCAGCAAUGUGCCAUCCCAGGGCAGAUAUAUCCCAAGGGUGUCACAUCCCAGGACAGGGUUUUCCCAGGAGUGUCACAUCCCAUACUGGGAUGUCACCAGGAACAUCCAUCCUGCUGGCACUGGGCUGUCAGGAUGGGGACCCUGGGAAUGGUGACACAGCACAGGGCAACUCCACUCACAGGAUGGAUCUGUCUCUGAUCUAAUUUUAUCUGCUUUAAUUGUUCCAGGAGCAGGAAUGCCGGGACUAUCCCCGUGUGGGAGCACUGGGACCAUCCCUGUGCCAGCCACUGACAGGAUUUUGUCUCUGCCAGGAUCAGGGUCAGAGCUGGAGGAAAAUGGGAAGAGUGGCAGCAAGAAACUGGACACCAUGACCCUGAUUAAGGAAGACAUGGACAUCUUCGGGCACUGCCCUGCGCACGACGAGUUCUACCUGGUGGUCUGCAACCACUGCAGCCAGGUGGUGAAGCCCCAGGCCUUCCAGAAGCACUGUGAACGCCGGCACGGCCCGCUCAGCCAGCUCUACGCCCGCGCCCCCGCGUGCCACGUGGCCGUGAACGGGCAGCCGGUGCCCGGCCGGACUCCCGGGGCGGCCAAAGCCCUGCAGGAGAAACAUCCCGGCGGCCGCGGGCGAGCGCAGCCCCUCCCCGAGCACGCGGACAAGGACAACAACCUCUGCUUGUUCGUGCCCGUGGUGAACCUGGAGAAGAUUCCCAGCAUCCCCAAACCGGACGGGCACGGCAUCAAGGUGCCCCCCAAAGCCGUCCCCACCAACUCCAAGGAAUCCCUGGGGAAAGCCGCGGCUGCCGCGGUGCCCGCAGAGCCCCCGGUGCCGGCCGGGGUCGGGGGGGAUUCGGCCAUGCCGGAGAGCAGCCCUGCUCCGGGGGACAAGGAUGGGGGGGCCCCCAAAGCGCCCCCCAGGCCCCACAGGAAGCUGGCGCGUAAGGAGUGUGACCUGAACCGGCAGUGUGGGGUGCGGAACCCCGACACCAACAAGCUCUGCACCCGCCUGCUGACCUGCAAGAUCCACUCAGUUCACCAGCGCCGGGAGGUGCAGGGUCGGGCCAAGGACUUCGACGUGCUGGUGGCCGAGCUCAAGGCCAGCGCCCGCCGAGGGGACCCCCCAAAGGACAGGAGCCCCCCUGAGAAGGACCCACUGCACCCUGCCCUGCAGGACACCCCCUCACUGCUGCAGCCCCCCAGUACCCCCCUCUGCCGAGCCAGGCUGCCCCACUGCUUGCACCCCCCCAGUGACCCCGAGGAUGCUCCGGCCACCUCUGGGGAGGGGAGCAUGGGAAGCUUCCCCCUCCCCGUGCCCAAGGGGGGCAGCCGCGUGUCCAGCGAGGAGAGCGAGGAGGAGGGGGGCGAGGAGCCCCCCCGGACCCCAGUGCGGCCACCACGGCCUCAGGCGUUCUGCACCUUCGGGAGCCGCCUGGUGACCCCGGGCUGUUACGUGUUCGACCGGCGGCUGGACCGGUUCUGCGCCGCGCUGGGCUCCAUGCUGGAGCAGCACCUCAGCGCACACAGGUGGAGGAAGAUCCCUCCAGCCGUCGUCCCCCCUCUUCACCUCCCCGCGGCCCCCCCCAGCCCCGCUGCCCCCCUUUCCGGCCCCGCAGCCCCCUCCCCGCCCCUGCGGACCCUCCCGGCGCCGGGGGGCUGCCGGCUCCCCACCAGCCUCACCUACACCGUGGGGUCUCCCCCCGCGGCCGCCGCCUGCAGCCAGCCCGAGUGCGGGGGAGGGGGCACGCAGUCCAUCACCUCCCCCCUCCCCGCCAACACCCCCUCGCCCUCCUUCAGCAAGCUGCCCCCCGGCAAGGCCAGCAAAUCCCCCCGGGCGCGGGGCACGGACACGGAGCCCCCCCGGCCCUGGCAGCUCGCGGCCGGCGGCCCCCCUUACAAACGGACCUGCUUGGGGGACAGCAAGGGCAGAAAUCAGGGGGGGACCCCCCCCGGCAAGACGAAACUCGCCCCCCCGGCCUCGCCCUCCAUCGCCAUCCUGAACGGGACCCCGCGGGUGCGCCGGCCGCCCCCCGCCCAGCCCUGCGCUGCCCGGGACCCCCAGACGCCGCUGCCCGGGCUGGGGGGGCUCUCCGAGGACGAGGUGAAGAAGCGCAAGAACGCGGCCACCUACUGCCGACCCCUGAAGGCCAAAGGGGCGCCCCCCCUGCCCGGCCCCCCGGCCCCGCCCGGCCCCGGCGGCGCCGCCCCGGGGGGCUCCGUCCGCAGGAAGAAACCGGGGGCGCCCCUGGGCUUCCAGGAGAAGAGGAGCGCCCUGAAGUCCAAAGCCCAUUAACAGAGGGGUCACCGGGGGCCCCCCUGUGUCCUCCCCACCGGGAAACGCCAGAAAAACCGAUGAAGGGGAAAAAAAAAAAAAAAAAAAAAAAAUUCCCAAGGAAACACGAAGGAAAAUCCCAGACUUCCAGAAAAUACCUCAAAACUCUCAGUUCUGUUCUCUUGCUGCUAAACCAGCCCCGGGAUGGGGGCGGCACUGGGGACCCACCCGGCCGCGGAUAUUUAUAAGAAACGGUUGUUGCUGUUUUUGUUCUUUUUGUAA